CAGCGCCGCCGCGGGGACCCGUUAGAGCGGAAGCGCUGCCGUCGCCGCCGCCUUAGCUGUCUCGGGGCCCCUAGUUCCCGGCAGGUGGGAGGCGGGAACCAUGUCGAAGCGGCUCCGGAGCAGUGAGGUGUGCGCUGACUGCAGCGGGCCGGAUCCAUCCUGGGCAUCAGUAAAUAGGGGAACUUUUAUAUGUGACGAGUGCUGCAGUGUCCAUCGGAGUCUAGGGCGCCAUAUCUCCCAAGUGAGGCAUCUCAGACACACGCCAUGGCCUCCAACAUUGCUUCAGAUGGUUGAAACCUUGUAUAAUAAUGGUGCUAAUUCUAUAUGGGAGCAUUCUUUGCUGGACCCUGCCUCUAUUAUGAGUGGAAGACGUAAAGCUAACCCACAGGAUAAAGUACAUCCCAAUAAAGCAGAAUUCAUCAGAGCCAAGUAUCAGAUGUUAGCAUUUGUCCAUCGCUUGCCCUGCCGGGAUGAUGAUAGUGUCACUGCCAAAGAUCUUAGUAAGCAACUCCAUUCAAGUGUGAGAACAGGGAAUCUUGAAACCUGUUUGAGACUGUUAUCCUUGGGUGCACAAGCCAAUUUCUUUCAUCCUGAAAAAGGAAAUACCCCACUCCAUGUUGCCUCCAAAGCAGGGCAGAUUUUACAGGCUGAAUUAUUGGCAGUAUAUGGAGCAGACCCAGGCACACAAGAUUCUAGUGGGAAAACUCCUGUUGAUUAUGCAAGGCAAGGGGGGCACCAUGAGCUGGCAGAACGCCUUGUAGAAAUACAGUAUGAGCUGACUGACAGACUAGCCUUCUAUCUCUGUGGCAGGAAACCAGAUCACAAAAAUGGACAACACUUUAUAAUACCUCAAAUGGCAGACAGACGGCUCAGCCUGGAUUUGUCUGAAUUGGCAAAAGCUGCUAAGAAGAAACUUCAAUCUCUAAGUAAUCAUUUGUUUGAAGAACUUGCCAUGGAUGUGUACGAUGAAGUUGACAGGCGAGAGACUGAUGCAGUCUGGCUUGCCACGCAAAACCACAGCACCCUGGUAACCGAGACAACCGUCGUCCCCUUUCUUCCGGUCAAUCCUGAGUACUCAUCAACACGAAACCAGGGCAGACAGAAGUUAGCUCGGUUCAAUGCCCAUGAGUUUGCCACGCUGGUAAUAGACAUUCUCAGUGAUGCCAAGAGGAGACAGCAAGGCAGUCCUCUCUCUAGUUCAAAAGACAAUGUGGAGCUUUUACUGAAAACAAUCAACAACCAGCACAGUACUGAGAAUCAGGACAAUGACCAGCCAGACUAUGACAGUGUGGCGUCAGAUGAAGACACAGAUUUGGAAACCAAUGUGAGCAAGGCCAACCGGCAGAAGAGUCUAGAUUCAGAUUUAUCAGAUGGACCAGUCACUGUACAGGAAUUUAUGGAGGUCAAAAACGCUCUAGUGGCUUCUGAGGCCAAGAUACAACAGCUAAUGAAGGUGAAUAACAACUUGAGUGACGAGCUGAGAAUUAUGCAGAAAAAGCUUCAAACACUCCAGAGUGAAAAUUCGAACCUCAGGAAACAGGCCACAACCAAUAUAUAUCAGGUGCAAACUGGUUCUGAGUACACAGACACUUCCAACCACUCUUCCUUAAAACGACGUCCAUCUGCCCGGGGCAGUAGGCCCAUGUCCAUGUACGAGACGGGAUCAGGUCAGAAACCAUAUCUCCCAAUGGGAGAAGCGAACCACCCCGAGGAGAGCAGGACGAGACUUCAGCCCUUCCCCGCGCACAUCGGGAGGAGUGCGCUUGUGACCUCCUCUUCAUCUCUGCCUUCCUUCCCCUCCACACUUUCCUGGUCAAGGGAUGAAAGCACCCGAAGGGCAUCCAGGCUGGAGAAGCAGAACAGCACACCUGAGAGUGACUAUGACAACACUGCCAAUGACACGGAGCCAGAUGACACGGGGUCAAGCCGAAAGGGAAGGCAAAGGAGUAUGGUGUGGCCAGGCGAUAGCCUAGUGCCAGACAUGGGAGAACCCCACGUGGCCCCUAGCCCUGCCCUGCCCAGCACUGAAGACGUCAUCCGGAAGACAGAACAGAUCACCAAAAAUAUACAGGAGCUCUUGAGAGCAGCCCAAGAAAAUAAACAUGACAGUUAUAUUCCCUGCUCAGAGCGGAUACACAUAGCUGUUACAGAAAUGGCAGCAUUAUUCCCCAAAAAACCCAAGUCUGACACGGUGAGGACUUCCCUUCGUUUACUGACAUCCAGUGCCUACCGACUCCAGUCUGAGUGCAAGAAGACCCUCCCAGGGGACUCUGGCUCGCCCACUGACGUCCGGCUGGCCACACAGCAGGUCAUUCAGUGUGCCUACGACAUCGCCAAGGCUGCCAAACAGCUGGUCACCAUCACCACCAAGGAGAACAGCAACUGAACAGCAGAGCGCUGUCCCUCCUGUUCUCUAGGCUUUUUAAAGUCCAAUCUCCAAUUUAGACAUGGAACUCUUCAGAUUUUUACAAAAACAAACAUUUAAUGAUGGUUUAAAACUUUUUAAAAGAAAACUCAGUAUUAUUUUUGCAUGUUUUCUAACAAAUUUUCAACUAUUAAUUUAACCCACUUGCCUUAUUUUGUGCCUGUUUGCCAGUUUAGUUUCUGAUGUUCUGUUGUAUUGUCAACGACUAUUGAGUUAAUGAUCGUAUACAUCCCAAAGUGUGGUUGCAUUGUUUAAAGUUUGUUAAAACUUUUCUGUCCCUUAAAACUCCCUGCCUAUGGCUAAAACUAUAAAUGAAAUUUUUUAGUAAAACAUUUUCUUGAGAGAGUUGGGUAAAAAAAUCAGAAUUAUCUGUUCUCUACCAAGCAUUGUGCAAUAAGUGAAUUUUCCAACCUACCACAAAAAUCUCUGAGUUUGGGGUAUCUCCAAGUACGUGUGUAGAAAAAGGACUUGGCCACUUUCUAAAAACAGUGUAACAGUCUCUUUCAGAAGGAAACAAUGAAUUGAUCUGUUUCUUCUAACGCUUCUAUCAUGUUAAAUGUUCUGUUAUUUAAUUUUUUUUAUCUUGAUCUUCUGUCUCUAUAUUUUACUGUCAUCCUGAAGUCUCCGUGGAGUCAGAUAAAGCAUUCACCCUCCACGGCAUGUCUCAUUUGGCUGUUUUCAGGAUAGGAGCAACACUCCCGCUAUCACCCACAGUCAAGUGCUCUGCCUUACCCCUGUACACCAGAUUAUUCGGAACGUGCGGCAAAGGGAAGCAUCAGUCUAACAAGCCAUGACGAAUUUUGUACCACCCAUUCAGAUAUCACUGCCACAAACUGUGGGGAAAAGAAAUCAUCGACUCCCUGGCACUGUGUUGUACCUUUCACCCACAGUCAGUCACUUACAGCCUUCUCACAUGAGCUGCUAAGGACUUUAUCAGGUAAGGUGUAUACAGUCAUCUGAUUUAGUUUCUCCUCCAUCACCUUGCUGGGACUUAAAAUUAGACUUCAGCUUUCAAGAUUCCUUAGAGAGUGCUCUGGCUAACCACUGGCUCUUCCAAACUACGAGAGGGUACAGGUUUCAGUCCUGGAACAUGCUGGGAUUGUAUUCUAAAUUACUAAAAAGCCCUUGUUCUGAAUGUUAAAGCAUCUUUCCGUCCCUGUGUAUUGCAGCUGUUUUAUGUGGGUUUGGUUCAGACCCUGACCUGACAGAGCAGGUGAUAUGGACAAAUGAAGUGAGCCAGGUGUGCGGCAGGUGGGGGCAGGAAGGGGGGGUGGCUGAGGAGUCCAUGGACCACCCUGUAGCAACAUCAUCUCCCCAGCUCCACUCAUGUUGUCAUGUGGAAAAAUGGGCCUGGGGUUGCCAGAGCUUUGAUAUUUCAAGAGACACCAGAAAUGAAUUAUUUUUUUGUGCCAUCUCUCCAUUUAUAAAUGUGGGCAACCAGUCUGAACAUUUUCUCAGAACACAUGCAGGUGAGCUGUGGCCUCCAGGCUGGCAGCUCACUGUGAUGCGGCCCCCCCACCCUGUGUUAGGUUGCUCUCUUUACCUGUAUGUCCUGUCCUGUAGUAGUCAUUCACACGUGAAGAAGUCAGAAUAGUCACAGUACAAGUUGCCUCAGUAUGGGCUCACUAAGCCUCUGCCUUCACAGAACUGAUCCAUAAACACCGUUAUAGCCUGACCGUAUGCUGUCAUGAGAGGAGCACCACGAUGAUGUCUGGUUUACUAAGUCACAGUGUGUGGAUGCUUUUGUUGGGUUUUGCUACAUUAUGAGUAGCAUGGGAAAAAAUCCACAUCUCCAGAAGACUAGCCCACCUGUUUGUCCUCACAGCCCUAAGUGCCGAGUUACUGUUGGAUGCUCCAGGGAUGCCUUCUAGAAGGGGGCCUCCCAAGCACCGUCCGGUAACCUUUUCUUCAUAUUUUGUGUGCUUUUAUUUUGUGUGUAUCCCUCUUUCUUGCACGCACCUGCCCGUCCUGUCGGGCUCCCCAAGGUCUUCAGAAAAGGGCCAGCUGCCAUCCUGAACUGGCGUCCUUGGCCUCCCAGGGAGGACGGGCUUCUGUAGAGGCCUCUGGCAAGUGAGUUGUCUGCAGUAGGAAAAGCCAUAUUUUCAGUUGAGCUAGAGGACCUGCAUUAGAGGAUGUGGUUUUUAUGCCCCUAGAGAAAGUCAAGGAAUGUGGGGACCAACAAAGCAUUUCCAGUUAUAAGAAUCCCACAGAAGAGCUUGCUUGGUUAACCCACAGUGCCAGAACUCCGAACAGAAGUUUCCAGACAGAGCAACAGGCAGUAAUUGGAGGCCUGCAAGUUGACCUUCUUGUGUGCCCUGCGCAUUUCCUUAGCCUCCUCUGAGAUCCGGUGUCAGAGUUCUCUGCUCCUGUUAGCAAAUCACACCUGGUCCGAGCUCUUGCUCUGGCCACUUUGUGCACAUGGAUUCCAUAGCCUUGCACUAGCAAUGUCUGCAUUCUGCAAUGUUGUUUCUUUGCCUUUUAUUCUCAAUCACCCCUCCCUCCCCACACACCCCUCUCUUUCCCCAAAGCUGAUAGGACAGAGGUGCACUUUAUGAAACUGGCACUUGGCUGAACAGAAGGAAACAGCUCUACCCCUAAGCUCCUUUCACUGAAAUCAUCUUCUGCCUCGGAAUGCAAAUAGUUCUUAUUUGCCAAAGAAUAUUGAAUUGGGCCCAAAGAUCAAACACAGCAUUUUCAUAAAAUUGGAACUAUAAAUGCACAACUCAGGAGCUGUUAGUUCCUCAAGUGAUUUAAGUUGCAGAACCAAGAGUGAAACUAGCAGGUUUUUGUCCUCAACAACAUCCAUGAGCUUUCCAAUAGCACAGUUUUAUUUCUUUCCUUGUCCUGGUUGAAGGUGUCACUUGUUCUUACAAAAGAAAAUGCUGCAUAGGAAAAAUGAAAUGCCUUUUAUCCAACUAUGUUUUAUCCAUGUCACUCAUAAUUCUGUACCUAUUUUUCAUUUUUAUUGUACAUUCUAUUCCUGUAAUUAUUGUACCCUGUAAGUGUUGUAAAAUCAUUUUGGAAUUUGUGCCUGCUAGUUAUGCAAUAAACAGGCUUUAUAAAUGUC